AUGGCUUCCAGACAGAGAGUCAUGCUCCUGGUUACAGUGGUCCUCUCCGUGCUAAGCCUCAUUCACAGCUUCCAACCUCUCUUCUCAUUUAAUGGGAAAUCCUCCACUCACCGUGACAUCACCCAAAAGGCGAUCCUCAGAAAGACAGCUGAGGUCUGCAGAGACAUUGCUGCCUCUGAGGGACGGGACUUCAGCCUGAGUAUUGAUGACAACUUGUCAGUUAGCAAGGUUCAAAGGGCCUGUUUUUCCACACCCACCUCCACAUUUGCCCUGUCCACCGACAUGUUCCAAUCUGCCAUUGAUGAUAUCUGCUACAGCAAUGCAAAGGUGGAUUCCUCAUUGAAACUGGUAGUGGAGUACCAUUUUCAUGAUGAGACCUUCCAGGAAGGACGAAAAAUCAUCACAGAAGGUAUGUCUUCUGUGAAAGCUAAUGUGAAGCUGGAGAACUUUGAUGCAGGGAGGCAGACUCUUGGACAAGUUUGUCAUACCCUACAGGACUUCUACAGCCACAGCAACUGGGUGGAGCUGGAUAAAUUCACUCCUUAUAGCACUCUGAUCAGAUCAGACCAACCUCUGGAGAACUUGGCAGGCCCAGAUACUCCUACCUGUAUUAGCUGCACAGAAGAUAUUUGUUAUUUUAAUAUUCUUACUGAAGUGCUGCGGAAGGAGGUUCUCACUUCCGGGUACUUCAACACCUUCUCUCCAGCAAAGCCUGCAGGUAAAUGUAGCCACGGUGGAUCAUCUGAUCUGACAAGCAAAAAGGACCCAGUGGGGGGCAUCAAUAAGGAUACAGUUGAGUCAAUUCAUGGCUUACUUCACAGCAGUGCAGCUAAGCUGGCAGUGGAUGCCACUAUAGAGCUACUGGAGGACAUCAGAGUAGCUGUUGGAGACAAGAACUUCCUGCGAUUUAUGGGCCUCUCCCAGUCCUCUGUGCUGUGUUUUGUCAUCGAUACCACAGGCAGUAUGAGCGAUGACAUAGCUGAGGCUAAGAGAGUUUCCUUUGACAUCAUUGACAGUAAAAGGGGAACCCAGCAGGAGCCCUCCGCCUACAUAUUGGUACCCUUUAAUGACCCGGAUUUCGGACCUGUGAUAAGGACAACCAAUGCAGACAUCUUCAAAGACAGCAUCAACAAGCUCACUGCAAGUGGAGGAGGGGACUACCCAGAGAUGUGUUUGUCUGGACUGCAGCUUGCACUGACGUCAGCUCCGCCCUCCUCUGAGAUCUUCGUCUUCACUGACGCUACGGCGAAAGAUUUCAAUCUGAAAAGCACCGUCACUGCCCUCAUAGAGAGCACCAAGUCUAAGGUCACUUUCAUGUUGACAAACGUCUUUUUAAGACGACGGCGUCGCAGCAGUCGUGCAUCACGUAGCCUAUCAACCGCCCAGCUGUACCAUGAUCUAGCCCAAGCUUCUGGGGGUCUGGCCAUUGAGGUCACCAAGUCAGACCUCUCUUUGGUUACGGCUGUUAUAAAGGAUUCAUCAGCCAGCGCUGUGGUGACAGUUUUCCAGGCAGUGAUGAAUCCUGGAAGGCCUGAUCAUUUUCAUUUUGUUGUUGAUGCGUCAUUAAGCAACAUGAUCAUUUACAUCACAGGAACCUCACUCCUUACCUUCAGACUCAUCAGCUCUACAGGUGAAUCUCAGAGUUCAAGUCAGCCCAGUGGUCCUCUGGCAUCUUUCACCACGGUGGGAAACCUACGCCGGUUAAGCCUCAACACUGGGAAUCAAACAGGACUAUGGGAAAUUUAUGUUGAUUCUAAUAAUCCCUACUCUGUUAAAGUCACAGGUCAAAGUUCACUGAACUUCGUCUACAACCUUGUGGAAGCUCAUGAGGGAGGUCAGGGUGGCUUCAGUCUUAAGGACGGACGUCCUACUACAGGUGGUAAUGUCACCCUUUUGGUCACACUGACAGGAAGUGACACGGCAACAGUCACAGAGGUCACUCUGUUGGAAAGCUCAGGGUCAACAGAGAUCAACGGAUCAUUGCAGUCUCUGGGAGGGGGGAACUUCCUGGUAAGAUUCAGUGGAGUCCCAGGAGGUGAUUUUGUGGUUUACCUUAAAGGUGAGGACAGCAGCUCCACCUCCAGGUCAACACCGAGCAGCUUCCAGAGACAGGCCUCCACGCAGAUCAAGACCUCCAGACUCUCUGUUUCUGCCCAAGCCAACAGCAUCAACAUAGAACCAGGUUCCACCAUCUCCAUCCCUUUCACAAUAUUCUCAGACGAAACUGGAACAUUGACAGUGCGAGUCAACAACGACCGGAGUUAUUCCACCACUUCACCCAGCACUGUCAACAUAGCGGUGGGAAGUGGAGGUACAGCCAAUGGCACCAUAACCUUAACGGCCCCGGCCAGUGCUGCAUCAGGAACAGAUGUGACUGUAACCAUUGAGGCAGAAAAUGCUGCCACUGACAUCAACUACGCUGUCCUCCGGUUUUCUGUGGUUGCCAAGGUGACAGAUUUGGCAGGUCCAGUGUGCAAGGUUGUCAAUAUAUCCGGUAUCUGUCCCGUCUCUUCAUCGCUCUGUGCUUCCUCCCAGUGGGAGUUUAUCACUAAUCUCACCGAUGGCAUCAAUGGAACCGGCAUUGAGAGCAUUACCCUCCGCCAAGGGAACGGUACCCUCAAUACCAGCACAGUGGCUGGAGCCGGGGGCGAGAACAUUACAGUGGCUACCUACAGCGCCUCCUGCUGUUCACAGAAUGUAGAGCUGGCUGCUGUGGACAGAGUGGGAAAUGUGGGGACAUGUGUAGGACAGGCUAGAAUUCUUACCACACCUGCCCCUACAACUACAACUGCAGUUGUAGUUAUGACAACAUCCACUGGAGGGCACACUUUGACCCUGUCACACUGUCUCUGGAUCUGUGUUGUGGUUUCUCUCCUUUGGAAGUAAAAGAGAAAAGUGGACACUGUAAAUGGUACCACAUGCAUCAAGUGUCCUUUGAGAAAAAUCUUCUUUCUUUUUCAUCUAGUGGGUUUGAGUUUAAUUACCAUUACUUAUAUGAAAAAGGAAAAGUGAAACCUUGUGUACCUCUUGAUUUCUUGUUUGAGACAUAAUUAAGGUAGUAAGCUCAUGUAGAAAUGCCUCAAAUGGAUGCUAGAUUCUGGCUUUAAGAAAACAAAUUUAUUGAAUUUGGUGGAAAAAUCCUCAAUCAA